CCCUUUGCCUUUAAAAUGCCAUGGAAGCACGGAGGCUCUCGGCAGAACACCUUAUCUGCUCUCCAAAGCUGUGACUCUCCAUCCUUCCCCGAUGAAGACCCAGGGGAUUGCUUGCUUAGCAUACACCAGAGGCAAUGGGUAGGGUGAGCAGGCGCUGCAGCCAGAAACCCCCAGCGCCGAGCGCGGGCGAUUCCCCGCACAGGCAGAGACUUGGGAGCUGAAUUGUGCUGAGCAGAGAGCCCCGGCUGGGGCUGAGCGAGCCAUGUGUGCCCGGCAGGAGCAGCUCCGCUGAAAAGCAAUGCAAGCACCCCGGUGAGAGCAGCUUCUGCUUCCAGGUCUGGCUGGAGGUGAAGCCGAGCAGAGCCCGGACGCCGCUCAAGCGCCACCGACCGAGGAAACUUUUGAAAUAUGACUGCAGGGAGGAUUUCAUCUGCACAAUGCUGCUCUGCUGGGAUGUGACAGGCUUCCUGCCCGGGUCUGCAAGGAGCUCGAUGAUGUUAGGAGCAAACUCCAGCUGGGCUGAGGAGCGGCCCCAGCCAUGGAGGUGCCCACCCCAGAGCCCGUGUACGUCGACGUGGACAAGGGGCUGACGCUGGCCUGCUUUGUGUUCCUCUGCCUCUUCCUGAUUGUCAUGAUCAUCCGCUGUGCCAAGGUCAUCAUGGACCCCUACAGCGCCAUCCCCACGUCCACGUGGGAGGAGCAGCACCUCGAUGACUGACGGGGCUCCCGGGCAGAGCCAGGGGUGCUCUGCUCCUCGUGCCCCCCACAGCCAUCCCCAGAUGUGCAGGGCAAAGGCAAUGUCUCCAAGAGCACAUCGUGUAAAGUUAUUUCUGCUCAGCAGGUCGAGGUAUCAGCAAGCCAUUCUGGCAGCGAAGUUUACUACUAUGCAGCAACUCUUGUUUUACAGUUGUCUCUUAUUUUACAUUUUAACUCGAGUAGCACAAGAUUCUCCAGAUUUUCCUGAUGUAACUCUUGGUCUAGCACAGUUUGUCCCACCCUCAAUAUCACCCACAAACCCAGGGUAAUGCCAUAAAAAAAGCAACCCAUCAAUGCCAUGAAAAAGCAACAAGAGUAUUCUUCUUCUUCCAGUCUUUCCUGGAAACUGAUUGCUUCAAAUAUUGAUUGCUUCCUCAGUCACUAUGGGUGCAUUUUAGCAAAGGCCCAGAUUUCUUAUACCAGAGCAUCACUAAAUAAAGUGCUGGAGUACCUCUGGCUAAGUAGAAUUAUACAAGCAGGUUUAUUCUUGCCUCUGAUCCUGCACUUGCACUCCCCACCCCACUGCAGCCAUAAUUCCAGUGACCAGGAUACUGAGGCACUCAGAUUUAGGGGGUCCUGGGCUGCUGUAGACCCCACAGGACCACCUUGCUCUGUCCUAGUCAUGCAAAAAACAGCCAUUUCCUCUGCCAUGGGCCCUUGGAUUAGUCAGGCCACUGAUUUUGAGCUUGGUAGGCACCAAAAAUCCCUGGAGCAGAGCCUGGACACUGCUGGUGUGAACUACAUAAAACCUGCUGUGGUUUUCAAAGAGUGAUUCCACAUGCAAUUUCACCCUUCUUUUGCUCCAGGUGUACUUCAGUGGGAUGAGACAGGACUGGAAUGACAAGGACAAUAAGCAGAGAGACUUUUCCCCCAGCUUUGCCAUUCAGAUUCCUCAGCAUAACAUUUACAGGCACACACAAUAAUAAGCAUUCUACCUCGGAGAAAUUCAGCUUCUUCAAAGGAAGAUUUUUUUUUCCCCCCACAGGUUUGUAAGGUACAUUUUCUUCUCUCAAUUCAUUCAGACAGCCAUUAUGCAAGAAAGCAGAACACGGGAGCUCUGGAAAUUUAUUUUUUACCUUUGAAGAGUGGGACUGCAGCAUUCCAAAGUUCUCAAUUCCUCAAAUUCUAAGGUUUGAUCAUGCCUGUUUUUUCUUUCAUGACUACAUGUUCAACUCAUGGGAUUGAAGGGAAGCAAUUCAGAGCAGGUGCUGCCAGCACCAUGAGCAAAAAAGGCUUGAAAGCACAAAACUUCAAGAAAGGCAUUUCUCCAUUUCCCCUCCUCACUAUCCCACCUGACCCCCAGGUUCUUGCCAUGAGACCCCUCACAGUGGGUGGGAAAGGUAGAAGCAAAGGCUGUGGCAAGAAAAUUGGGACACAGCCUUUGUAGGGCACUGUUCUAGCUCUGACAGAUUUGUUUGAUAAUCACACAAAUCAACUUUUAUGCGCCUCAGUCUACUCAUCAGUGAAAUGGGUGCAACAACUUCAUCUUGCGUCACCUCAUUUUGUCUGUCUAACAAUACAAGAAAGCACCUGGAGAGCCUUAGAUAGAGACACAGACAUGAGGUUCUUACUCACAGCUCCUCCUGCUAAAACCAACAGGGAAGCUCUGGGUCUUGUUACCCAGACAGAGCACUUGUCCAGACCCCCAUUUACUCUCUCAUUGCAGCAUUUUGGGCCAAGCCAAAUGACACCUGGCUUUUUUACAUAGCCCACUGGUUUCUGAGGAUGUAAGGUGCUCAACACUGCAAAUACAGAGAUCCCAAAACAGCAGGCUAUCAGGCAUAUGGAGACCUCUGCAUGAAUCUUUUGAACCACACAAUUUCUGCUGAUCUCCGUUGUAGGAGAUCCCUUUCCUGAGGCAGGGAAUGCAAAGAUUAGCUUUCCUCCUGGUGUCCUGUACAAGAUGCCUCCACUGCUUCCAUCACCCACUGCAGAUUGCUCCUCAGGCUGCUAUUUAGCCUCAGCUUCUGCUAGCCAGGUAAUCAUCAGUAACUGAGCACUUUUUCAGGCUUGAAAGUUUAAUGUUCAUCAUACUUGGAGCAAACCCACAGUUCCCUCUCUUACUUAUGGGCAAGUCUAUCUGUGCCAUAGGAAUGGAUGUCCCAGCUCAAAGAACAACUUCUGUUCCCUGGGCUAAACUUUGGAACCUGUUUUUGUCAUUAAAUCUUGUAUCCCUCUAGUGGGGCUAUUCACAAAAUAAGGAAAAUAACAAAAUUAGAUCCAGGCUAGGGACACUUUCAGUGUGCAGAUCACCUGGCUGAGCUCUCAGCUGGUGCAGAGCAAGGACAGAGCUUGUCCUCACACCUCUCAGUGCCAAUACUCCCCUGGGUGUUGAUCUGCAUGCAGGACUCUUUGGCACUGGCACACAUCACUGACGAGCCCCAGUUCAGCUAAGGACUUAUUCAGGUGCUCAAGUUUAAUCCUCUGAGCAGGCUGCCCACCUAC